AUGCCGGACAACGUGUACGCAAAGAUAUCGGAAAAGAUGAAGAGCGAGCGCUUCACGGACGAGGAGAUCAAGACCGUCGAGAAGGCCAAAGAGCAGCUCUCAUCCUACACUACGGGAGGGUCGGUCAUUGGAGGUGCUGCAGGACUCAUGCUCGCGAGGGCAAAGAACUUCAAGGGACUGCAGGUGAUUGCGAUAGGAGUGGGAGGCUUCUUGAUCGGGUCGCAAAUGGGCAUUAUUAUGGGCGCCAUGGCCAGUGUCCGGACCAUUCAGUCCAUCCCCAACUUCCAACGCGUCAUCCACAUUGUCCAAGAAGUUCGGGAGGAAGGAGCGGCGGCGGCAGCAGGAGCACCAGCAGGACCACGAAGGAGCGGUGGACCAAUGCAACACGACCGUGCGGCAAGCAUGUCAUCUGCAGGGACACAACGAUUCCCGAUCCAACCGCGUCUGGGUUCAGAGUUGAUGAGCGAUGAUGCGGUCGCGCAGCAAGUUCAUCCUGAGCAAGGGUUCAAGGAUGGGGAUGGAUACCAUGGUGGACGGGAUCCUGGUAGCUCUGAUUCCAGUACCGCUCGUCAAGACAGUGCAUGGGCAUAUGUAGAUCAAAAGGCAAAAGAACUACACAACAACUCACCAGGAUGGUCUCAGAUCCGACAACAGAAUAUGCCCCGUUCUGCUUGGAACGAUGUCCGGCAAGGCGGUUCCCGUGCCCGUUCCACUAACGACUCACCCUCUGACGACCACGACGACCAUGAUCACCGGCACCACGACGGGUUGGGCUCUGAUUCAAAGCGGCCAAGUACUACCUCUUCAUCUACGAAAACGUCGCACUGGGACAAAAUUCGCAAGGGUGAAGCUGGAGGGGAUGGGUUUGUUGGCGUGAGUGGUACUGGGACUGUUGUUGAUGGACCGAGUGAGUUCCCAAGGACGCGGGAGGAUCUGGAGAACCGGCCUUCGCGUCAUAAGAACCAAUAUGGUGAUGCUAUGUAG